AUGGCUGAAAUCUUGGAUAAGAGUGCUAAACAAACAAAUGAUGUAACUAAAAAGCUUGCAAUUAAUAAUUUCAAGCUUUCACCAUGCUGGUUAAACCAUUUUUUAAAACAUCACGAUCUUUUGCUUCAACAUAAGACCAAAAUUGCACAAAAGUUACCAGAGGAUCUUGAGGAUAAGUACUUGAUUUUCAGCGAUGUUUCCGAAGACAUUAUUGGCCGAGCAUUCAAGAAGUAUGGUAUUUCUAAUUGUUUGUCUAGAAGUGAAGAUCAUUUGAUUUAUAAUGAUGAUGAUGAUGAGAAUUCAGAUAAUGAAUCUGAUAGAGAUAAUAACAGUAAUGAAGGUGACGAAUCUGAUGAAGGUGACAAAUCUGAUGAAGGUGACGAAUCUGAUGACGAUGACGACGAAUCUGGUAAUGAGGAUAUGGCCGAAUCUCACAA